GAUCUCACCGCGGCAGUGUUGCUGAAGCCUUUAUUCACGGCAGUCAGAGAAUGGAGCUGUACAAGGCUGGUUACUCUGCGAGGCUUUGAUGACUGGGUCUGGCUAGGUUUUUUUCUACUGACAAAUCAAUUCUCUACACACUAAAGAUGGUCAAGCUGCAGCUUCCCUUAAUUGUCCUUCUUUUAGAUGUUUCAUUGAAUUAUUUGUCCGCCCACCUUGUAUAUAAAUAUUGUCCUGACAAACUCUUAGCUGCUUUGUGGCUUGUGGGUCUUAUCAAAUUCCCUGUGCUGGGCACAGUAUCUCUAAGACUGCGGGAUACACCAUGGAUGUCCUCAUAUCACAUAUACAUUUUUACUAUGUGCCUUUCCCAGCCUUUGUACCAGACACUCAGGCUGAUUUCCCACUCACCAGAACUACCCAAAAGUUUUCAGCACAACCUCCAAUCCCACCUGAUUGUUUUCCUGGCCUGCAUGCUCUGGGACCUUCUCUUGCCACAUAUAUUUCCAAAGAAGAAUGCAAAGCAAGAAGAUAAUGAAUCAAAGAGAAGAAGAGAGAAUUUCUUUAGACUUCUGAAAUAUUCUAAACCAGAUUGGUUGCAACUGUCGGGCGCAUUUAUCUUUCUAACACUUGCUCUGAUUGGUGAGAUGUUUAUUCCAUAUUAUAUGGGCCGUGUUAUUGAUAUUUUGUCAACAAAAUACAGUGAAUCCAUAUUCCUGGAGGCUAUACUUUUCAUGGCCAUUUUUUCAAUUACAAGUUCAUUCUUUGCUGGCUCCCGUGGAGGACUUUUUAUGUUUUCCCAUUCCAGUCUUACCCAGCGAUUGCGGAUAUUUCUGUUUCGUUCACUAGUCCAACAGGAAAUUGCCUUUUUUGAAACAACAAAAACAGGUGACAUCACUUCCCGUCUGUCCCAGGACACUUCCCGUGUUAGCCGCGCCAUUGCUGCCAAUGUGAAUAUCAUUUUGCGAACAUUAGUGAAAUGCAUUGGUGUCUAUAGUUUUAUGUUCUCGUUGUCUUGGCAGCUUACUCUCCUUACUUUUAUUAGCGCUCCAUUCACAUGGAUAACACAGAAAGUGUACAACAGCUACCAUCAGGAGCUGGUACAAAAAGUCCAGGAUUCCAUUGCAAGAUCCAGUGAUCUCGCCAAAGAGAUGAUUGAGUCAGUGAGGACUGUAUACAGUUUUGCUGCUGAGGAGGAAGAGGCAAAAAGAUAUGAAAAGUCUUUGCAAGAAACCCAUGAGUUACAGACACGCAGAGACUUUGUCAGAGCUUUGUACCUGCUGGUUAUAAGGCUUAUCAACCUUAGUACUCAGGUUGCCUUGUUGUAUUGUGGCCAGCAGUUAAUCCACAGUGGAUAUAUAACUACUGGGAAGAUGGUGUCAUUCAUCCUAUAUCAAAUGGAAUCUGGAGACUAUAUACGGACUCUGGUUCAUAUGCUCAGUGAGGUCACUCACUCAGCUGGAGCAGGACAUAAAGUUUUCCAUUAUCUGGAUCGUGAGCCACUUGUAUCCAACAAAGGCAAUCUUUGCCCCAACAAUUUGCGUGGUAAGGUCGAGUUUAAGAACGUUACUUUCUCAUACCCGUCCAGACCAGAUGUUCCUGCUCUUCAGAAUAUAUCUUUUAAACUUCCACCAGGCAGUGUCACUGCUCUUGUGGGUCCCUCCGGAGGUGGUAAGACCACAUGUGUGUCACUGCUAGAGAGAUUUUAUGAGCCACAAGUUGGAGACAUUCUGCUGGAUGAAAUACCCCUGCAGGAAUAUACACAUCAGUACUUACACAGCAAGGUGGCAUUGGUGGCCCAGGAGCCUGUUUUGUUUGCUGGAACAAUUAGAGAAAAUAUUGGUUAUGGAAUCCAGGAUAUUCCUGAGAAGCAGCUGAAAGAAGCAGCAAGGAAAGCAAAAGCAGAUGCUUUUAUCACUGAAAUGGAAAAGGACUAUGACACAGAUGUGGGUGAUAGCGGAGCUCAGCUCAGUGCAGGCCAAAAGCAACGAGUUGCUUUGGCACGUGCCUUAGCAAGGAAACCCAAGCUACUUAUUCUGGAUGAAGCCUCUAGCUGCCUGGAUGCUGAAACAGAACAUGAGAUCCAGCAGUCCCUGCAGACUAUCCCAGGUCUCUCUCUGCUGAUUAUCGCUCACAGGCUCCGCACAGUGCAGAAGGCUGACAACAUACUAGUUCUUGAGGGUGGGAAUUUGGUACAGCAAGGUACUCAUGAGGAACUGGUAAAGGAAGAGGGAGUGUAUAAGCGUCUUCUUCAUGGGCACCUACUGCAAAAUGGAGACCAAUAGAAAUUAUUUGGAGACAAGUGAUACAUUUUUGAAACAAACUGGUAAAAAAUGAGGAAAUAUUACGAAUGGGGGGCAAUUUGAUACAUAUUGUUGAUGGAAAGAGACCAAAAGAAGAUAACAUGAAAUGAAAGAAAGCCAUAAAGAGUGAAAACAUCAAAAUAUAUUUUUUGAGUUACUGUACCACAAAAGUAACAGUUUUACUAUAUACUUUUCUAUUCUGGUGCCGUUGCCACACUUGGUUGCUGUUUCUACUCUAGGUAUUAUUUGGAUAAAUGUUGUACUGUACUAAAUACAAAUUAUUUAAUAAUUACUUGAUCAUUUAAAUAAUUUCUUUUUACAUGCAAGAAACUUAAACAGGCAGUAUACCCACUUACUCAACAUGUGCUUAAUGAAUACGACUUGUGCUGAACAUAUUUGGCCUAUUGUAUCAAUUUGAAAAUAUCUAUGGAUUUUGCUAUUUCUUAUGCAAUCUAGGUCAAAGACUCAUAUUGACACCUCUUUAACAAUCCAAUUUCCUUUGAUCCUUAGGGCUGUGGCACAUGGGGAAAUUAGUCGCCCACAACAAAUCUCCCUUGUCCCCGAAAUGCCAUCCCACUGGCGAUUUCGCGGGCGACUAAUCUCCCCGUGUCCCAGAGCCCUUAUAAGCAAUAAGGAGGAGAAGGUAAUUAAAUAAAAUGAAAUAAGAAAAUAAUCCUCCUGUAUAAUCAACUUAUCUCAGCUUCUGACAAAGGUUAAAGCUUUGGAAAGAGGGUCUGUUUAUACAGAGCUCAUUAUCUCUAUCUAAACAAAACUAUUGUUGUUAAAGUUGGAGAUAGGGAGAGGGCGUAAAGAUAACAAAAAAUCCUUUAUUGCUUUAGAAUAAGAAAUUAGGAAAAUGUUUGUUUGAUUAAUAGACUAGGUAAAUUACAUUUUCCAUCUGCUUAUGUUAAACAAAGGUGUAUAAGUGUAUAGUGGCCCUUUAAGAAUUUAACUGUAUUUGUAUUUUUAGGAACUGGACACAGUAUAUUUGUCUGUUCUACAUAUUGUUUUCUUUAUUAGUAGUUGCCAGGUGAUUGUUAAGAUAACAUAGAUCUAGACUGUUUAUUUGCAACAUGUUUCAAUAAAAUAAAGCUUUAA